AUGUCUGUAAAUCGAUCAGUUGACCACUGCAAAACACCCAGUGACAUUACAUACCAAGUCCUCUCCUGGGUAAUGGUGGGAGAAUUUACACUGGGUCUGCCUCUCAACCUGUCCGUUCUCUACAUCUUCAUCUUCAGAUACAAGUUCUGGAAGAACAAAGCGAUCUUCUUGUUCAAUAUUGUGGUUGCUGAUUUCUUGCUGGUGGGCUGCCUUCCUUUCAAGAUCCAUCAUUACCAGCACAACUUGAGGCGCAGUGAGGACACUGUGCUUUGUAAGAUAAUGCUCUUCAUGCUGUUUCUCAAUCGAGGAGCCAGCAUCGCCUUCCUCAUCACAAUGUCCCUCGAUCGCUACUUCAAUGUGGUCCAUCUUGGAAGGAGAAAUUUUGUCAACGUGUUUAAGAAAUCUCCUCAGAUUUCUGUCGUCAUCUGGAUCCUCUUGCUUCCCCUCACCACUCCUACUAUGGUCACAACCUUUGAGUGCUGCAACAGCCACGGACGGGAAAAGGAGACAUUCUUACAUGAUGUGACGGACACCUUUAGAGAGAUUGUUUUCUUCUCCCAAAUCAUCAUCCCCUACAUCAUCCUCGUCUACUGCACGGUCCGCAUUGUCAGCCGGCUGAGGAAGAAGACGGUUGGGGAGAAGACUAAGCUGAGGAGGGCUGUGUGCUUGGUCACAUCGGUUGUCGUUGUCUUCUCCUUCUGCUUCCUUCCCUGCACUAUAACUAGAGCAGCACUGCUGUUUGUGCGGCUGAAGAACUGGCAGGAUGCAGAAAACAUAGCUGUCCAGGUGUACGACGCCCUCAUGGUUUUGUCUUACAGCGACUGCCUGCUGGACCCGUUGAUUUACUGUUUCUGUAACUCAGGGUUUAAAGAUGUUUACAUAUCUACCUUUUGCCCUGCAUUUAUUCAGAAGAGACUGACAAAUUCUGACUCUGGCACCCCAAACACAACAACAUGUACUAGUACUACUGCUCGCGCUAGAAUGAUUUUUUUGCCUGUAAUGGAGAAAUAA